AUGGCGGACGCAGAUCCGUCCUUGCAGCACGCGAUGACCCCGGAGGGCGAGCCGCUCUUCACUCGAGAGGAUGCGAUCGUGGAGUUCACCAAAAAGUUCCACAUCGAUGAAGCGGCCAUCAACCGGCUGCGGAACCUCCCCGACGACCAGCUGCAGCGGGUCUUCAACGAGUUCAAUCCAGCCCAGGACCACAAUCCAGACUACAGCCGGCGCCUCAUGGGCUUCUUGAAGACAGUGACCUACAAUACCGGCCCCGCGCCCCCUGGCAGCACCGGCGCCCUCCUCGCUGGCGGCACCGGCGCCGUCGACCCCGGGCAGUACUCGGGCCCCAUCGUGUCCGUGGAGCAGCUCGAUAUGUUCCGGAUGAACUAUCCCAUGGACGAGCGCGCCUACGACUACCUCAAGAUAGCGCCACCCGACGUCCAGGAGCGGGUGAUCAGCACGUUCAGGGCCAAUUGUGUGCAGGACGACUACUCGAGGAUGAUUACGGCGCACGUUAAGUUCUGCAUGUCGAAGCGGGACCAGCCGGGCCAUAUCACUGGGAGUGGCGGCGGCGGCUACCAGCAGCAGCACAACCCCUCUCAGCCCACGGUGAGCGUCGAGGCGGCCUACCAGGCUAUCACAGGCACCAUUCCGCUGGGCGCGGUCGCCACGGGUGCCGUGCUGCCGGAGGCGCCGGCGGCGCGCCGAAUUAGCAAAUGGAGGGACGAGGAUCCGAGGACCGAGGAUUAG